AAUUUUAGUGGGUCCAAAGUUAAAUGCGUUUGUAGCUUAAUAAUUAGACUUCAUUUUGGUUACUCUAAGUAAAACAUACACUUUGACAAAAACAAUUAAGCUCACAUCUAAUCUUCGAUUUAAGUUAAUAUGUGAUUCUAUCUAAAUAGACUUUAGUUGGUAUUUGUUUGUUCUUUUGUUGAACAAGAACGUGUGGCAGUGUUAUAAUUGAUAAACGAAAAUUAUGCACUAUUGACUUUUUCUUAGUAUUAUCUCUAACUUCGAAGAUCCAAAAUCAAAGGAGAAAUCCCCUAACACAUUUCUUUUGCAUUCAUAAUCGUUUUAUUCGAGUGAUUAGUGGAAAUAUAUUAAAGAUUAGAUAAUCAGAUGUUGUUAAGCCGGCUUUUAACUAGCUAAGGAGAUACCGUCACUGACAGUUGGCGAAACCUAUCAAAAGAGAAGAGGCCAAGCAGAAUCUGAACUUUUUCUUUAUUUAUUAUUUUGAUUUUUUUGGUUAACAUUUAGAGAGAUAAAGUUACUGGUGGGUGAUGAUAAGUUGUGAAACCGUCGUUAUGAAUAACUACGUGGCUGUCACAAACUGAAACAAAAAAUGACAGCCAUAAAAAUGUUAACAUUCUCCCCUCAUUUUUGGACAACGCUUUGUUCUGUUCCGACUCGUUUACAACAACAAAAACUUUCUUUAGUGACGUGAAGUACCGAAAAUACCCUUGGUGUGGGAUAUGGUAAAAGUAAUUAAUUUUGGCGCAUUGAAAUUAAAGCUCCGCUGAAAAUAGACAACUAAGACGCGUUGCGUCUGAUAUUUCGGGUGUUAAUAUAGAAAUUUUGCUAUUUUUAUCCCAUUGAUCAGAAGGGUAUUUUCGGAAAGUUUUAAGAGAGUUUUUUUUUUUUUUGGGCAGAAACGGGCAAAGUUCGCAUGUUACAUUGUCCUUUCUUCACCAUUUCAUGGCAAACGCUUUAAUUAGAUUAUUUCAAAAAACCAUAUUUACUCUUCCGUUUCAAAGAAUUUUAUAAAUAUAGGGGAGAGAGAAGAAAGGGAAGUUAAAAAAACAAAAUUAAAUAAAAGAAUUUAAGUUUAUUUGUUUUGUUUUGUUUUGUUUUUGUUUGUCUUCGUCUUCUUCUUAGUUCGUUGGUUGUAGAAGAAGAAUGCUUUUGUCACCUACUCUCCUUUGUAGUUUCUCUACUCUUUGUUCUCUCUUCUUUGGGAUAUAAACCCAAAAAGCUCUCUCUCUCUCUCACUCUCUCUCUCUCUAUCUCUGUUCUGUAAAUUUGUCGUUGUUGAAGAUGGAGAGAUACAAGUGUAGAUUUUGCUUCAAGAGCUUCAUCAAUGGAAGAGCUUUAGGUGGUCACAUGAGAUCUCACAUGCUUAGUCUUUCUGCAAAACGUGAACUUUAUGAAUUAACUGGUGAAGAAGCAGAGGAACGCCCGAGUCAACUCAGUGACGACGACGAUACAGAGUCAGAUGCUUCUUCUUCUGGUGAGGAACAAGAUCAUUUGAAUUGUGGUGAGUUUGAUAAUCUAAAGAUGAAUCUUCUUGAUGAUGAAUUGGAGUUUGAUUUCGCUGAAGACGACGACGACGUUGAAAGUGAAACCGAGUCGUCGAGGAUUAACCCAACUCGCCGACGAUCUAAGCGAACUCGGAAACUUGGAUCGUUCGAUUUCGACUUUAAGAAGCUAAAAACGAGCCAACCCAGUGAGUUAGUGACGGAGCCAGAGCAUCACAGCUCAGCUUCUGAUACAACAACGGAGGAAGAUCUCGCCUUUUGUCUCAUUAUGCUCUCAAGAGACAAAUGGAAGCAACAGAAGAAGAAGAAGCAACGUGUAGAAGAAGAAGAUGAGACAGAUCAUGACAGCGAAGAUUACAAGCCGGACAAGAACAGAGGUAGAUUCAAGUGUGAGACUUGUGGUAAAGUGUUUAAAUCGUAUCAAGCAUUAGGAGGACACAGAGCAAGUCACAAGAAGAACAAGGCAUGCAUGACGAAAACAGAGCAAGUUAAAACAGAGUACGUUCUUGGAGCCAAGGAGAAGAAAGUUCAUGAAUGUCCGAUUUGUUUUAGGGUUUUUACUUCAGGACAAGCACUUGGAGGUCAUAAGAGAUCUCACGGAAGUAACAUCGGAGCAGGAAGAGGAUUGUCAGUAAGUCAAAUUGUCCAAAUCGAUAAAGAAGAAGAAGAAGUAUCAGUGAAACAGAGGAUGAUUGAUCUUAAUCUUCCUGCACUUAACGAAGAAGAUGAAACCUCUUUGGUGUUCGAUGAAUGGUGAAAACGAAAGGUAACAACAGACUUUGCGUGAUUCGGGUUGUCAAAAUUUUAAAUCUUUUUUCGUUUAUUAUUAUUAUUCUUUGUUUUUUGUUUUUUUGGGGUUUGGUCAAAUUUUAUGUUAAUGCAAAGGAGGCUACUUUUACAUGUUCUAACGCCAAGUUGUUUCAGUACUAGCCUCACGUCGUGUUGGCCUAAAUCAGAGAGCAUUCAAUUUUCUUUAGUUUUUUGUUUGUUAGACUUUUUUAAGGUAAAUCGUAAUUGUAUCAAUUUCUUGGUU